AUGGCACGUGCCGUCCGCAUCGGUGCGGCGGGAAGCAGCGCAGCGUAUUCUGCCGCAGUCGCAGCCGGCACAACAGCACCGUAUCCAGUGCACACCCGAGGCGUGGUACUGUCGAAUCAUAUGGGCACCGAAUCGCCGCUACCGCGUGCACCGCCGAGUGCGACAGCAAGCCACAUUGUGAGCACCCUUCCAGGCACUGUGACGCCCAGCGGCAGUCCCGCACCAACGGCUGCACUCCAGGUGCACGUGUCGUCUGCGCCGCAGCCUGUGAGUACACCAAAACUUCUGAGCGGACUACCCACCGCGACCGCGCCAGCGCUGCGCCAUGGCCCAGUCUCUAGAGUAGCAGCGCUCGGCGGGUGGCGACCACCGCAGUUUGGUCGUAAGGCCGCCCCGACAAACAGCGACCCGCUCAUCGUCAUGGUCUUUGGCUGCCGUGGGUCCGGGAAGACGACGCAGGCGGAGAACAUUGCUGAGCGCUAUCACCUGCUGCAUCUCUCCUCUGGGGAUAUGUACAAGGAAGGCAAGCAGCCCUUUGCAGAGGUGGAGCGGGCUGUGAAGGAGAACUUUGGCCCUGAGGCAAAGAACCGCUCCUACAACGGCCUCGUGCUCGACCGCUUCGUCGCGACAGGGGAGAUGGACGCAUACUAUUUGCAAGCCGCCCUCAACGCGCGCCAGCUGCCGGUCCCUAUUGUCUUCUGGCUGCAAGUGGACCCCAAGGAAGGCUUGCGACGUGCCCAAUCCCGCGGCGAUCAGAAGGCUGGAGCCGACCACUGGCGCUACGUGGAGCAGCGGGCCCAGGCGGAAAUAGCAGAUCAUGUUUACAAGAAGAUUGGUGUUCUGCACAUCAUUGACUGCAACAUGCUCGAAGCACGUCGGGUCGGGGACCGUAUUUACAGCAUCAUUGAUGGCCUUUUCCCGAAGCGCAACCGCAGCAUUCGUCUCCCACUUGCCACGCCGAUCGCUGGCUACGAGAAAUUCCAUUUGCUAGACGACUACAGCGACUUCCAGCAGCUUUCCAAGGAGGUUCACGCAGCGAUUGGCAACACGUCUGGCCGCACCGAUAGCGCCCCACUCUCUAGCAUUGGGGGCUACAUCGACGCCAGCUCGUUUGCAAACCGACAAGAAUGCAAGCGUAUGUCUUCCAUGUACGUUACCUUGAAGGUGGAUGGAGAGCGCUUUCUGAUUGUCAAACACUCGCACUUCGGCGUACUGGGCUUCCCGUUUGUUUUCACUAGCUGCUACGACUUCAACGUUCUCUUCGAUCCGCUGAAGUUCCCGAACGCGCUCGAAAUGGUCGGUGACAGGCAGGAAGAGGCGAGCGGGAUUGAGUGGAUGCUCGACGCGGAGAUGACUAACAGCAACAUCGAGCCGAACCAGCCCCAGCCGCUGCUACACAUCAUUGAUUACGUCUACUUUGGCGGCAAGCAGGCCAAGCGCACACCAUUCUUCGAGCGCUACGAGCUCUUGCGCGAGUGGUUCCGGUUGAUGGUGCAGAAUAGCGGCGAGGCUGGUGCCUGCGCGCCUGUAAUGCUGAAACAGUACGUUCCUAUCAAUGAUCUGCCGAAGCUGCUCCCCUGCUUCGAGGAUGCGCCGUUUGCGGUGGAUGGUAUUGUCUUCCAGGGCAACACCAUUUACAAGUUUGGGCUGGAUAAGUUCCUCUUGAAGUGGAAGCCGCUGCAGCUGUGCACGGCAGACUUUAGGCUCAUGAACGGAGAGAAGACGGAAGACGGCGUCACCGUUUUCGACCUCUUCACGACGGAGAAUGAGCAGGAGGUCGUCUUUCCCGGGGCCGUGGGCGUCUUCACAGAGAUGCAGAUGCACGCCUACCAGCUUCGGAACAGCGUGAUCGUUGAGCUUGAGCUGGCCGAUGUAGUAGAAAGAGCAGGUCCCAACGGGCAGUCAGCGACGCAGUGGGUGUUCCACCGUCUGCGCGUUGACAAGCCGCGCCCCAAUAAGACUUCUGUGGUCGAAAGCAUCGUUAGACUGAAGCACCUCACAUAUCAGGAGCUGCUAGAUCACUGUAAGGUGCUUCGCUUCACUGGACCCAACGCCACCUCGUUGUAG